AUGGAAGAAUGGAACAAACUGCGGCUCACAGGGACGCCUGUCCUUCUAUGGGAAGAAGGACGUCGGCGAUUGCAGGCCGAUGAGGACUGGAAACGACCCUAUUCGCGAGAGGAUUCUCCAGUGCAGGGUUUGACAUCUGUUGUCUCCGCUUCCGCGCUUCAACCAUCCAGUCCCAGUACCGAACCGAAUGCACGAUCUGUCAUGUCAGUCUCCAUAUCCAUCUCUGUUUGGCCCCCGCCGUUCCGUGCGGAGAAGCUGUCGAAAGCCGGCCGAUCCACUGGUUCAUCGGUCAAGUCGAGUCGCGUGGCAUGGCAUCGCGUCUGUUGA